AUGAUCAACGCUUCUAGUUCUCUUUCUGCCAUAAAUCUCGAGGGAAUUGAACUCUCCUCUUCUUCGGUGUUCCCUGGGUUGUUUAACUUCAGCAGUAGCGUUAGUGUAAUUGACCUCAGUUUCAAAAAACUACAAGGUACGAUUCCUGAUGCUAUUACGAACAUGCCGUCCCUUUCGUAUCUUUCUCUUUGUGCGAAUCAAUUUGAAGGAGAUAGUUUGACUAGAUUGGUCUUUCUAAGUCUUCCGUCCAAUGAGUUCCUUGGAAGCAUUCCUCCAACUCUGUGUCAUCUAGCACAUAUACAGGUCUCGGAGUUCUCUUUAAACAAGAUUUCUGGUGCCAUACCAAAAUGCAUAAACAAUUUCACUGCUACGAUUCAAAACGUGGAUUCUGAGGAGUUUGGACGACUGAGGUUUAUUUAUCGAGAAACCACUUUGAUGGUCGUAUGCCUGCUGGUCUUUCUCAACUGGAUCAACUUGGGGUGUUGGAUUUAUCGCACAAUAACUUGUCGGGCAGAAUUCCACAAUUUACGAACUAUCGAUGCUUCUGUAUUCAAGGGAAAUCCUGGACUUCGUGUCCUUCCACUUACAAAAACAUAUCCAGGAGACGAAAUUGCCCAAGACCCUAAGAUCACUGGUAAUGCUAAUGCGAUGAAAAACCCAGAGAAGGCAGACAAGCUUAUUGGUGAAGGAUUUUACAUUAGCAUUGCAAUUGGGUUUAUUUUCGGAUUUUGGGGAGUCUGUGGAUCUUUGUUGGAGGAUUGCAUUUUUCAAGUUGUGGAAUAG